GAAAAAAAAUACCCAAAAAGUAUACAUGUGGGUGCAUGUACCGCGCAAUUAUUACGAUUGGCACAAUCUCGGUGUCCAUAUCAGUUUUGGUUGCUCUCGCAAGCCUCAGCUCUGCCUCGAGGGAAACUGAGCAAGAAAAACAGUUGAGAAGGUCUUCAAUGCCGGUUGUGAACAUUUCGCACUCAGUCAAUGAUAUGCAGAGUAUGCCAUCUGUAGCAACGUCCGUCAGGAAACCUCUGUUCGGACUAAUAUCGGAGCAAAAGGAUUAUGCGGACAUGCGAGAGAAUAUGCGGAUAUUCAUAUAUCCACACGAGCACUUACGGAUGCCUUUGACUCGCGAGCAGGUAAAAAUGGUGGACAAAGGACAUGCUCCCCGUCUUGUGCAUGACGAGGGCAACGGCACUUUCUCUAUACCCAUCGAAUCGGAUUUCAUACCCUUCCCCAGCGACGGUACCUUCCAAGCCGGAUCAGUCAUAGUGAAUAACAUGCGCAGUACCCCCGGGCUACUUACCAAGAACCCAAAGGGUGCGCAGUUCUUCUUCAUACCUGUGUCGUGCUCGGGCAUACGUGAGGUGGCUGUCAGUAGGAGGAGCGGCGGUGUUCUGGCCGAGAUGGCGCUGUCAUACUACAUCGACCAUAUCAGCCAUGCGUACCCACACUGGAACGAAACAAUGGGUGCCAACCACUUCUACAUAUGCAUGCACAUGGGAGCGGGUGUAUCGGCAUCGUCGCACAAAAUGGUGCAGAAGAAUGUCAUCGCCGUGGUGGCCGCCGGAGACUACUCAACUCUGUACUUCUCUCCACACAAGGACAUCUCCAUCCCACCCCACGUGGCCAGCCGACAGUUGGACGCUCUGCGAAGGAAAAUCACCCGAGACAUGACAGAGACUAUCAGCACACGCCGAUCUCUAGCCUUCUUCGCGGGGAGGCUAGACCGGGGUAGAUUGCGACCUCACCUAACUAAGGCGUACGGGCGAGAUACGGAUAUCAUACUCCGGGACCACAUGAGCACUAGUGCGUAUGUGAAGGGUCUGAGCAGUACCCGGUUCUGCCUGGUACCUCGAGGGACGAAGGUCAACUCACCGCGAAUCAAUGAGGUGCUUGCCUACGACUGCGUGCCUGUGAUUAUCGCUGACUUCUAUCACCUGCCGUACACGGGAAUCGUAGACUGGGCAGGAUUUUCCGUCAUCGUACCGGAGAACGAUGUCGACCGCCUUAAGCCAAUCUUGGAGAGCAUCCCACAGGACACCUAUGACGAACUGCUGAGCAACGUGCGGAAAGUGCGGGCCAUGUUUGAGUUCCACACCCCCGCCGCCAAGGAAGGAGACGCCUUCUUUGCGUUCUUGUUAAUGUUAUGGCAGAAACGGCACGUUAUCAGCAUUGAAUCCUUCGCCACUGCGUAUGACCUGAUGCACUCGACAGAUACGGUGGAAUCGUUCCUGUCCAUAGGCACAGUCGACUCUGCCGAGGGUUUCGUAUCUCCGUAG